AUGGCUUCUCCAAACCCCAAAACCAAAACAAUCCCCCUACCUGGCCACUUCCCCAACACCACCUCCGACGCCCAGCGCGUUUUCGAUGUUCUCCAACUUGGAGGCAUCGCCAUCAUCCCCACAGAAAUCGGCUACGGCCUCCUAGCCUCGUCCGUCGAGGCCAUCGAGCGAGCUUUCUCCGCGAAACGACGUCAGCCAGGACACACCCAUGGUCUAAUCGGAUCCUACGAGCUGCAUCAUGAACUACACGUUCUCGAACCCGAGAGGUUCGAAAUGACGCGCGUUCUCACUCAUGACCUCGAUAUGGGCUUAGGCAUCGUGGCUCCUUAUAAAGCGGACCAUCCCAUUCUGGCCAAAUUUACACCGAAAACGCUAGCCAACGUGGUCAAGGAUGACACGAUAGCAAUGUUCGUGGGUGGGGGCUCGCUGUUACGGGAGAUUUGUAGGCUGAACUAUGAGGCUGGGCAGGUGAUGGUCGGAUCUAGUGCGAAUCUAAGUGGGAGAGGGCAGAAGUUCCUCGUUGAGGAUAUUGAGGAGGAGAUUAUAGAGGUCGCGGAUUUGAUUGUUGAUUAUGGGUUGCAGAGGUAUCAUGUUUAUGGGAGGGCGUCGAUUGUGAUGGAUUUUGGGGAGAUGAAGGUUCUUCGUAUGGGGUCGUGCUAUGAGCUUUUUAGGGAGAGGAUGGGUAGGUUCUGGGGGGUGGAGUUGCCAGAAGAUCCAGUGUAUAAGACUUAA